AUGGAGAGCGCAACGGUGAGAAUGUCAUCAGUUGAAGGAAGAGUCAGUCAUUUCAAGAACAAGGGCAAGUGUGUUUCUGAGCUAAGGCGCAGGAGAGCGGAAGUGAGCGUGGAGCUCCGUAAAGCUAAAAAGGAGGAGCAGAUAUUAAAGAGGAGAAAUGUUAACGCUGUGCAUGAACUCGUUCAGCAGGAGGAGCGAAACGAACAGUGGUCAGCUGAGAAAAUUGUGGAAGGCGUGUGCAGUGACAAUCUGCAUUAUCAGUUGCAGGCAACACAGGCUGCCAGAAAGAUUCUUUCAAGAGAACCGAAUCCUCCAAUCGACAGCAUAAUUGAAGCUGGUCUUAUUCCCAGAUUUGUGUAUUUUCUGUAUCUAUCUCAAUUCGCUCCAAUUCAGUUUGAGGCGGCAUGGGCACUUACAAAUAUUGCCUCUGGAACUUCAGAACAGACCAGGGCUGUUGUGGAAGGAGGAGCCAUUCCAGCAUUUAUUAAUCUUGUGUCAUCACCACACCCACACAUCAGCGAACAGGCUAUUUGGGCUUUGGGGAAUAUUGCUGGCGAUGGACCUAACGCAAGAGACCAGAUUAUCUCUCAUAAAGGUCUUCAUCCUCUACUGAAGUUGGUGCAUGUUCCAGAUCUCGAUGUCUACACUUCAGAUUACCUGCGUAAUCUUGCUUGGACUCUAUCCAACCUGUGUCGAAGUAAGAAUCCUGCCCCUCCACUGACAGCAGUAGAGGAGCUGCUUCCGGCUCUCCAUGCUCUCCUCCUUCAUAACAAUGAUAAAGCAGUGCUUGCAGAAACCUGCUGGGCCGUGUCCUAUUUGACAGACGCCUCCAAUGAGAGGAUAGAGAUGGUGGUUCGUGCUGGACUGGUGCCCCACCUUGUUCGACUUUUAGCCUGUGGAGACCAUACUAUCGUUACACCUGCUUUGCGAUCACUUGGAAACAUUGUGACAGGGACAGACGAGCAGACACAGUGUGUGCUGAAUGAAGGUGCCUUGACCCACUUCCCUCUGUUGCUCCGUCAUCAAAAGCCCAACAUCCAAAAAGAAGCCGCAUGGGCAGUGUCCAAUAUUACAGCUGGCAAAAACAACCAGAUCCAGGCAGUUAUAGAUGCUGGCCUGAUACCAAUCCUUGAAGAAAUUCUAAGAAGUGGAGAUAACAACACACAGAAGGAGGCUGUGUGGGCAGUCACUAAUUUUACAAAUGGAGGAACUGUGGAACAGCUAGCUUACCUUGUCCAGUGCCAUGUACUACCAUCAUUGGUUCAACUGUUGUCUGUAAAAGAUAACAAAAUAAUUUUGAUCAUCUUGGAGGCCAUCCAUAAUAUUUUAGAGAUGGCAAAAAACACUGGUGAGAGUGAUAAACUACUCUCAAUAUUUGAGGAGGCCGGUGGGCUUGAGCAGCUUGAAAUACUAAUGAGCCAUGGCAACGAGGCGGUUUACAAAUCGUCCCAGAAAAUAUACGACUGCUUUUUAAGUCAGAAGGAUGAAGAGAUGGCUCCUCCUGAGGCUAUGGGAGAUGCUUUGGAAACGUUCACAUUUUAA